AUGGCGACUGUGCUGCGACCUGCAUUGCGGUACUCACCAUUACCGCUGCCAGAUGCUGUGCAGGCAGAUCAGGGAGGCGAUGCUGGAUUGGACUAUGUCGCUGCUCUCCUCCAGACUAUAGUUCAAGCCACACGCGUCCCUGUGGCAUCGUCAUUCAGCGAGCAAGCGACGGGGUCUUUAGGAGGCAAACCAAAUGAGCAACUCCAUCUUGUGCAUUUGCCCAUUGAAGGCUCAUCUCAUGCGAAAGUAGCCGAGAUUCAGAAGCUUGUUGAUAAACUAGCUCGUCGUCUGUGGGCUGAAGAAGAUACACAUGCCGUCGAUAAGCGCGCAGGACCCACUUUUCCUAUGCGCGGGAUCCCUGAGCCAGUAUCUCGUCUUACUGCUGAGCGUGUGGAUCCUGUGCUGCGCAGUCCUCAUAUUGCACCGAUCCUCGCAGCUGUAGCACCUACGGGCAUGGAUCCUAAUGAAAUGCUCGAUUAUGCAUCGGCAGAAAGCGGUCUCAGCGCUGCAGAAGAACUUCAUCUCUUACGCGCACAAGUGCGCGAUAUUGCGCGUGUAUGCAAAGCUGUCGCUCUUGGCGACUUGACACAGCACAUUAUGGUGCCUGUUCAAGGCCCUGUCAUGGUGGAAUUGAAAGACAUCAUUAAUCAAAUGGUUGACCGACUCGGCAACUUUGCGAGCGAGGUGACGCGUGUUUCGCUGGAAGUGGGUACGCAAGGCAAACUCGGUGGUCAAGCGUAUGUUCCUGGCGUCGAGGGCACGUGGAAAGAACUGAAGGACGUUGUGAACCGUCUCGCUGAGAACUUAACGAAUCAGGUCCGCGGUGUGGCACUUGUAACUAAGGCUGUCGCUCGCGGAGAUUUGUCAAAGAAAAUAGAUGUACAGGCGGGUGGCGAGAUCCUCGAGCUGAAAGUCACAAUCAACGUCAUGGUUGACCAGCUUCGCCAUUUUGCGAAUGAAGUGACACGUGUGUCGCGUGAAGUCGGCUCACAAGGCCAGCUGGGUGGCCAGGCGAAUGUACCAGGUGUCAAGGGUGUGUGGAAAGAGCUCACCGAUAACGUCAACCGCAUGUGUUUGAAUCUCACUGAGCAAGUGCGGUCGAUAGGUAUGGUCACCACCGCUGUUGCGCGAGGCGAUCUCACGAAAACGAUUGAGAUUGUUGCCGAAGGUGAAAUGGCUCAGCUUAAGGAUACGGUUAACAGCAUGGUGGCACAACUGCGUGUAUUUGCCAGCGAAGUCGUGCGCAUGUCGCUUGAGGUCGGGACGUAUGGCCGGCUUGGUGGCCAGGCGCAUGUCCCGAAUGUCGAAGGCAUUUGGAAAGACCUGACGAUGAGUGUGAAUAAAAUGGCUGACAACCUCACGUCACAGGUGAGAGAAAUUGCGCGUGUCACGAAAUGUGUCGCAGAGGGCGUGUUGACGGAGUUCAUUACCGUCGACGUCAAGGGAGAGAUUCUCGAGCUUAAGGACACUGUAAAUAACAUGGUGCGGCAGCUGCGGACGCUCUCGGAUGAAAUCAUCCGCGUAUCGGUCGAGGUCGGUACCGAGGGUCGCCUCGGUGGCCAGGCAAAUGUCGAAGACGUCAAGGGUCAGUGGCAAGUGCUGACGGAGCGUGUCAAUAUGAUGGCAUCGAAUUUGACGACGCAAGUUCGCUCUAUUGCCACAGUCAACACAGCUGUAGCUCGCGGCGACUUAUCAAAAACUAUCAACGUCGAGGUGCGUGGUGAGUUCCUUGAUCUCAAGCACACGGUCAACAACAUGGUCGAAAGUCUGCGCACGUUUUCGACAGAAGUCACACGUGUCGCUACGGAAGUUGGCACAGAAGGCAAAUUGGGUGGACGUGCAAACGUGCUGGGUGUCGAUGGCACGUGGAAAGACCUGACAAACUCAGUCAACACGAUGGCAGCGAAUCUGACGUUGCAGGUUCGCACAAUUGCUCAUGCCACGACUGCUGUUGCUCGUGGCGACCUGACGCAGAAAGUGACGAUUUCCGUGAGUGGCGAGAUCCUCGAUCUCGUCAACACCAUCAACAAUAUGAUUGAUCAGCUGUCGUUCUUUGCUUCAGAAGUCACACGAGUCGCCCGCGAAGUAGGCACAGAAGGCAAGCUCGGUGUCCAAGCACAGAAAAAGGACAUUGAAGGCACGUGGGGCGAAAUCACCGACAACGUCAACAUCAUGGCCAACAACCUCACGUCCCAAGUGCGUGCAUUUGCGCAGAUCACCGCCGCAGCGACAGAUGGCGACUUUUCUCGAUUCGUUACCGUAGAAGCGAGCGGUGAGAUGGACUCCCUCAAAACAAAAAUCAACCAGAUGGUCUACAGUCUGCGAGACAGCAUCCAGAAAAAUACAGCAGCUCGUGAAGCUGCCGAGCUAGCAAACCGGUCCAAGUCGGAGUUCCUCGCGAACAUGUCGCACGAAAUCCGCACGCCAAUGAAUGGGAUUAUUGGCAUGACGUCCCUCACGCUCGAGACAGAGUUGUCGCGCACGCAACGCGAAAAUUUGGUCACUGUAUCAACGCUCGCUAGCAACUUGCUUGCUAUCAUUGAUGACAUCCUGGACAUUUCAAAGAUUGAGGCCGGCCGCAUGAACAUUGAAGAGAUUCCCUUCAGUUUACGCGGCAUCGUAUUCAGCGUUCUCAAGACUCUCAGUGUGCGAGCCGCUCAGAAGAAGCUCAACCUUGUGUACGAAGUUGCGCCAAACGUGCCUGAUCCACUCAUUGGUGACGCUUUGCGUCUCAAGCAGAUCAUCACCAAUCUCAUUGGCAAUGCCGUCAAAUUUACUGAGAGCGGCGGCAUUGUUGCACUGCGUUGCAAGCUCAAUAGUGCGCCAGGUGCACCCGAGACUGUGCUAGAGUUUUGCGCGUCGGAUUCAGGAAUCGGCAUCAAACAGGAUAAACUUGACAUGAUCUUUGACACGUUUUGCCAGGCGGACGGCUCGACGACGCGCAAGUAUGGAGGAACUGGUCUCGGUCUCUCAAUUUCUCGUCGGCUUGUGAAUCUGAUGGGUGGUGAUAUGUGGGUCCGCAGCCACUUUGGCAAGGGCUCCGACUUUUUCUUUACGAUGGUAGUGAAGUGCGACAAGUUCACUCCCGAGCAGCUAACCGAACGAAUGCGGCCCUACAAGGGUCGUCGCGUCCUCUUUUUGGAUACGCUGCAUGAUCAAACUGGCGUUACAGACAUGCUUGUUCUCUUGGGCCUAACGCCGAUCGUACUUCACUCGAUUCGCGAAGCGUUGGACCAAAGUUCGUCGUUUUCCCGCAUCGAUGCCAUCGUCACAGACUCUCUCGUUGUUGUCGCUCAGUUGCGCAAUGUUGAGCAGCUUCGCUACAUUCCUAUUAAUUUGGUGACGCCGUCUGUGUUGUCGCUGAAUCUUACGUAUUGUCUCGAUUAUGGAAUUUCAUCUUACAUCAAUACGCCGCUUGGCCUAGAGGAUCUAUACUAUGCGCUGCUUCCGUCCCUGGAAAGCAGUGCAGCUGCGCCAAGUGAAGGUGGCAACAACUCCAGCUACCACAUUUUGUUGGCUGAGGACAACUUAGUCAACCAGAAACUAGCUUGCAAGAUCCUUCAGAACCAGGGCCAUAAGGUCGAUGUGGUCGACAAUGGUGAACAGGCUGUUCAAGCGACAGAGCAAUGCAAGUACGAUGUCAUUCUGAUGGACGUGAGCAUGCCCGUGAUGGGUGGAAUCGAGGCGACAAUGGCGAUCCGCGACCGUGAAGAUUCUCAGAACUUGGAGCACAUUCCCAUCGUCGCAUUGACAGCGCACGCGAUGCUAGGCGACAAGGAAAAGUGUCUACAAGCAGGCAUGAAUGCCUAUGUGAGCAAGCCGAUUCGACGUGUGGAACUGGUCUCGACACUCAAUCAAAUCCUCAGUCAAAAGUCUGAGCCGCCCAGUAACGAUAGUGGCGAACAAAACAACAACGCCACCAAUUUGUUGAGUCAUCCCCAUGACGCUCCGUCAGAAGAGAAUUUUGACAAGAAUCCAAGCGCUCAUACAGACACUGUAUAA